GUCCAGAUCAUUACAGGAUCUUAUGAGAGGGUGCUCCACGGCGUCUCCGCCCGUAUCCCACGUCGGCUACUCCAAGAUCAUCCCAUUGAAGAAGACGACACCAUCCAGGAGCUGCAUGCCUCCUUCUCCGACACCUUCCUCCUCUCCACCCACUCCUCAGCAAUCCGUUGUCUGGCCCUCUCGCCACCCACGGAUGCUUCCAAACGCUUCCUAGCCACCGGCAGCUCAGACGAGCGCAUCAACGUCUACACCAUAUCCACCGCACCACCUCCCGCCCAUCCCAGCAAAGGCAGUUCAGCUCUACCAACUUUGACCUCAGACUCCGUUGCAGAGAAUCCCCGCAAUCGUUCCCUAGGCUCCCUCAUCCACCACGACCGAGCCGUCACCCGUCUCCACUUCGCCACCAAAAGCAAACUCUUCAGCGCCGCCGAGGAUAACACCAUCGCGAUCUCGCGAACCCGGGACUGGACUGUGCUUUCCUCCAUCAAAGCACCGAUCCCCAAACCCCAAGGUCGGCCGUCAGGAGAUACAGCAGGGCCGGGCGACAUGCCGGCAGGUGUGAACGACUUUGCCAUUCAUCCCAGCCAGAAACUCAUGCUGAGCGUGGGGAGAGGGGAGAGGUGUCUGAGGCUUUGGAAUUUGAUGACCGGAAAGAAAGCAGGCGUUCUCAACUUCGACCGGGCGUUGCUUGCGCAGGUCGGAGAGGGGAAGUAUGGCGAUGGGGAGGGGAGGCAUGUGUUGUGGGAUGCUAAGGGAGAGGCUUAUGUUGUUGGAUUUGAGCGCGGCGCGGCUGUGUUUGGGAUUGACUCGAAGGCGAGAUGUGUAAUCAAAGCCACACCUGCUACGAAGCUCCAUCAGAUGCAGUUUGCUAGAUUUGGUGGGUCGCAAGCUACUGAGCAUGGCGGUGAAAGCGAGCUCCUUGCCAUCGCUACCGAAGAUGGUCGGGUACUCUUCUUCGACAUCAACAAUCUUGAGGCCGCAACCGAGGACACGCUGCCGACAUGCGCCUGCGUAGCGCAGCUCGGUGGUCCAGAAGUUGGUGUUACCGGUCGUAUCAAGGACUUUGAAGUCCUUCCUUGUCAUUCAUCUGCAGCCAAGACCAAGACACUAUUAGUAACCGCGAACAGUGAUGGUGCGAUUCGUCUUUGGACUUUGCCACAACAACUUGCAGGAGGGCAGCGUGACGUAGAUCCUGAAGAGCUUGCUACCACCCGGCAAGUAGGUAAGCUCAUCGGUACGCUUGAGACGGGUAGCAGGAUAACUUGUCUUGGUGCGUUUGUGAUGGACGGGAAGGCUGAUGACAAUGCUGAAGAAGAAGCGGUUGAGGAU